GCCGCUCGCCGCCGUUCCCGCUAUGUGUGGGGCGUGUGUGGAAUAACGUUAUUGCCCAGCGGAACCGAGGGGGCCUGAGAUCCGCGGCGGCGGCGGCGACGACGACGGCGACGGGGUUGGGGGGAGGACAGCGUGGCAGAGACUGACGGGACGCGCCGCGCCCCGCCUCCCGGUCCGGUCCCUCUCCGCGGUGAGGGGAUGAUGUAGCUUUGCUAAGGAUUCAGAAGCUAAGCAGAAAUGAGCUUAACAUCCUGGUUUUUGGUGAGCAGUGGAGGCACUCGCCACAGACUGCCACGAGAAAUGAUUUUUGUUGGAAGAGAUGACUGUGAGCUCAUGCUGCAGUCCCGCAGUGUGGAUAAGCAGCAUGCAGUAAUCAAUUAUGAUGCAUCUACGGAUGAACAUUUGGUGAAAGAUUUAGGCAGCCUUAAUGGGACUUUUGUGAAUGAUGUAAGGAUACCAGAGCAGACAUACAUCACUUUGAAACUUGAAGAUAAGCUGAGAUUUGGAUAUGAUACAAAUCUCUUCACUGUAGUUCGAGGAGAAAUGAGGGUUCCUGAAGAAGCUCUUAAGCAUGAGAAGUUUACCAUUCAGCUUCAGUUGUCCCAGAAGUCUUCAGAAUCAGAAUUACCAAAAUCAGCAAGUGCUAAAGGCACAGACUCCAAAGUGGAUGCUACUGCAGAAGUGCCCCACAGAGCCACAGAAGCACUGAAAUCUGAGGAGAAACCCAUGGAUGUUUCUGCUAUGCCCCGUGGUACUCCAUUAUAUGGGCAGCCAUCAUGGUGGGGAGAUGAUGAGGUGGAUGAACAAAGAGCUUUCAAAUCUAAUGGCAAGCCUGAAGAAAAAAAUCAUGAAGCUGGGGCUUCAGGGUGCAGCGUAGAUGCCAAGCAAGUAGAGGAACAGUCUGCAGCUGCAAAUGAGGAAGCACUUUUUCCCUUCUGUAGGGAACCAAGUUACUUUGAAAUUCCUACAAAAGAAUUCCAGCAGCCAUCACAAAUAGCAGAGAGCACUAUUCAUGAGAUUCCAACAAAAGACACACCAAGUUCCCAUACAGCAGGUGCAGGGCAUGCUUCAUUUACCAUUGAAUUUGAUGACAGUACACCAGGAAAAGUAACUAUUAGAGAUCAUGUGACAAAAUUCACUUCUGACCAUCGCCACAAGUCAAAGAAGGCCACUCCUGGAACUCAAGACUUGCCGGGAAUUCAGACAGGAAUGAUGGCACCAGAAAACAAAGUAGCUGACUGGUUAGCACAAAACAACCCUCCUCGAAUGGUGUGGGAGAGAACAGAAGAGGAUUCCAAGAGCAUUAAAAGUGACGUUCCUGUGUACUUGAAAAGGCUGAAAGGGAACAAACAUGAUGAUGGCACUCAGAGUGAUUCAGAAAAUGCUGGGGCACACAGGCGCUGUAGCAAGCGUGCAACUCUUGAGGAACAUUUACGACGCCAUCACUCAGAACAGAAAAAGAAGGCCCAGUCUACUGAAAAACAUCAAGACCAGGCCGUUACUAGCUCUACGCAUCACAGAGGGGGGCAUGGUGUUCCACAUGGGAAAUUGUUAAAACAGAAAUCAGAGGAGCCAUCGGUGUCAAUACCCUUCCUACAAACUGCAUUGUUAAGAAGUUCAGGGAGUCUUGGGCACAGACCAAGCCAGGAGAUGGAUAAAAUGUUAAAAAACCAAGCUACUUCUGCUACUUCAGAAAAGGAUAAUGAUGAUGACCAAAGUGACAAGGGUACUUAUACCAUUGAGUUAGAGAACCCCAACAGUGAGGAGGUGGAAGCAAGAAAAAUGAUUGACAAGGUAUUUGGAGUAGAUGACAAUCAGGGUUAUAAUAGGCCUGUUAUCAACGAAAAGCAUAAAGGUCUGAUACAAGAUGGGACUCUCAAGUCUGCUGCAGCAGUAAUGGAAGAAAGAAAGCCAUUCAGUACACCUGGGUUUCAUAACUCAGAGGAAGGAAUACCUUCAUCUGGAAGCAAACGUUGGGUUUCACAGUGGGCUAGUUUGGCUGCUAAUCAUACAAGGCAUGAUCCAGAAGAAAGGUUAAUGGAAUUGUCUGCAACUAUAGAAAAUGAGACGGAUACUGGUGAAGUUGGUGUUUCACUGAGAAGUAGUGGCUCUGCAGCUUCCUUGGCUAGUCAGGGAGAGAGAAAGAGGCGAACUCUUCCCCAGCUCCCAAAUGAAGACAAGCCUCUUGAGAACUCCAGAGCAAAGGUCGUACCCCAGAGGUCAGAGAUAGGAGAGAAGCAAGACACGGAACUGCAGGAAAAGGAAGCAGCUGCCCAUGUCCACCAGAACGAGAAGCAUGCUGCAGACAGAAGCCUGAGUCAAGUGAAGAGGGCAGUCAAUGGUGAGAUUCCUAAAACGGGUGGAGACCAUAAAGCCCUCCCUCUCGCAGGUAGCUCUUCUAGUAAAGAGAAAAGUGAAACUGAUAAAGAAACGUCUUUGGUAAAACAAACAUUAGCUAAAAUCCAACAACAGGAACAGAAGGAGCAGGCCCAGUGGACCCCUACUAAGUUGUCUUCAAAAAGUGCUUCAGGCCACAUAGAUAAAUAUAGGGAGGAAUCUUCUAAGCAAGAGUCCCAACUUUUAGAAAACUUGUCAGGACAUUCUACAAGCAAAGGAGAAAGAACAAUACAAAAUGAAAGCAAGAGAAGAAAAGCUGAGGAAAUUCCAAAAAGCCAGACUUCAAAAGGAGACAAGAAAGAGUCCUCCAAGCCGUUAGUGCGGCAAGGGAGUUUCACAAUAGAAAAACCCAGCUCAAAUGUACCCAUAGAACUUAUUCCUCAUAUUAAUAAGCAGACUUCAUCUGCUCCCACUUCCUUAGCAUUGACAUCUGCAAGUAGACUUCGAGAAAGGAGCGACUCUGUGGAUACUGAUUCUAGCAUGGACACAACCUUGAUUCUAAAAGACACAGAAGCAGUGAUGGCUUUUCUGGAAGCUAAACUGCGUGAAGAUAAUAAUAAAACUGAUGAAGGUCCAGAUACUCCCAGUUACAAUAGAGACAAUUCUAUUUCACCGGAAUCUGAUGUAGACACAGCCAGUACAAUUAGUCUGGUUACUGGAGAGACAGAAAGAAAGUCCACCCAAAAGCGGAAGAGUUUCACUAGUCUCUAUAAAGACAGGUGUUCCACGAGUUCCCCUUCCAAAGAUGCUACAAAGUCAGGCACUAGGGAGAAAAUUGAAAAGAAAGCAAAAAGUCGCUCUACAGAAAUAGGUGCAAGAGCAGAUGGUCGAAAAUUUGUACAGUCCAGUGGAAGAAUCCGGCAGCCUUCCAUAGACUUAACAGAUGAUGACCAGACCUCUAGUGUACCUCAUUCUGCUAUCUCUGACAUUAUGUCAUCUGACCAGGAGACAUACUCCUGUAAAUCCCAUGGAAGGACUCCACUUACCUCAGCUGAUGAGCACAACAUACAUUCCAAACUGGAAGGAGGCAAAGGAACAAAGUCUAAGACUUCUCCCGUUGCCUCUGGUUCAAGUAAAUCAACCACUCUCCCAAGGCCACGGCCCACCAGGACUUCCCUCCUGCGCCGAGCCCGCCUGGGUGAAGCUUCCGACAGUGAACUUGCUGAUGCUGACAAAGCAUCUGUUGCCUCUGAAGUAUCCACCACAAGUUCCACAUCAAAACCACCCACAGGAAGGCGAACAAUCUCUCGGAUUGAUUUAUUGGCUCAGCCUCGAAGAACAAGACUUGGCUCAUUGUCUGCCCGUAGUGAUUCUGAAGCAACAAUAUCAAGAAGUAGUGCCUCUUCACGCACUGCAGAAGCCAUCAUUAGGAGUGGAGCCAGAUUAGUGCCAUCCGAUAAGUUUUCUCCUAGAACUAGAGCUAACAGUAUCUCCCGGCUAUCAGACUCCAAGGUCAAAAGCAUGACCUCCACUCAUGGCUCUCCUUCAGUAAAUUCAAGAUGGAGGCGCUUUCCUACUGAUUAUGCUUCCACCUCAGAAGAUGAAUUUGGAUCAAACCGUAAUUCCCCUAAACAUACUCGUCUACGUACUUCUCCAGCCCUGAAAACCACUCGCAUGCAGAGCACUGGAUCAGCAAUGCCUGCUAGUUCUUCAUUCAAGCACCGAAUUAAAGAACAGGAAGACUAUAUCCGAGAUUGGACUGCCCAUCGAGAAGAGAUAGCCAGGAUCAGCCAAGAUCUUGCUCUCAUUGCUCGGGAGAUCAACGAUGUAGCAGGAGAAAUAGAUUCAGUGACUUCCUCAGGCACUGCCCCUAGUACCACAGUAAGCACUGCUGCCACCACCCCUGGCUCUGCCAUAGACACUAGAGAAGAGGUAGGAGAUCUUCAUGGAGAAAUGCAUAAGUUGGUUGACCGUGUUUUUGAUGAAAGCCUCAACUUCCGAAAGAUACCUCCAUUAGUUCAUUCUAAAACACCAGAAGGAAACAAUGGUCGAUCUGGUGAUUCAAGACCUCAGGCAGCAGAGCCUCCUGAUCACUUAACAAUUACAAGGCGGAGAACCUGGAGUAGGGAUGAAGUCAUGGGAGAUAACCUGCUGCUGUCAUCUGUCUUUCAGUUCUCUAGGAAGAUAAGACAAUCUAUUGAUAAAACUGCUGGAAAAAUUAGAAUAUUAUUUAAAGACAAAGAUCGGAACUGGGAUGACAUAGAGAGCAAGUUAAGAGCUGAAAGUGAAGUACCUAUUGUGAAGACCUCAAGCAUGGAGAUUUCUUCUAUUUUGCAAGAGCUGAGAAGAGUUGAAAAACAGUUGCAAGUGAUCAAUGCCAUGAUUGACCCAGAUGGAACUUUGGAGGCUCUUAACAACAUGGGAUUUCCCAAUGCUAUCCUGCCAUCUCCACCAAAACAGAAGUCCAGUCCUGUUAAUAACCACACCAGCCCUGGUCAGACACCAGCACUUUGCCCCCCAGAAACCAGGGCUCUGGACCCUGCAGCUGCUGCAGCCUCAGCUGCGUUUGAGAAUGCCGAAUCUGAGGCUGAUUUCAGUAUCCAUUUCAAUAGGUUCAACCCUGAUGGGGAAGAGGAAGAUGCUACAGUACAUGAGUGACAUUACCUGUGGAGUGACUAGGGGUAUUGGAAGCAGCAUGGUGUUGACAUACAAAACAAGAGAGCUUGGUCAGCAACAAUCUCGUUAUCUUUGUCUUCUUGAUUGAUUUAUUUAUUUUUACCUCUAAUGUGUCAUACCAGUCUUUUCAAACCACUCAAACAACCACUUGAAGCACACUUAGCAAAAGGCAGCUUGUGUCGGUUUUGCCUUUUGUGGUUUCAUGGUUUUCAAGUUGAAUCAUAUCACUGCAUCCUUUCCCUUCAUAGAUCUUUGUGUUUUUUGUUUUAAGCCAUGCUGUGACCUACACACUAAAAUAUCCAACACUUCUGAGUCCCUGUGUCUCGUGUGCCAAGCUACUUCCUGAGAUGAACUUCUCGUCAGCUGUACAGAUUGUUAAACCAUCCAACUUGCUUCUUAAUAAUAGGGUUUAUAUUAUUACUUACUGUCAUUGGACACAGUGACACUAUGCUCUGUAGAGUAAAACAGACCCUCCACAGCAAUCAUCCUGUGUCCUAAGAUUUUUUCCAACAUAGUGUGAUUUAUAUAAUUGUUGCUAAGUAACUUGUCUUGGGGUUUACUGAAAUUAACUUAUGUUUGCACUAAGAUUUACUGGGAGUGAUAGAUGGACAUAUCUAUAUAUCAUUAAGGACUGACUUGUCUUUCUGUACAUAGGAAGCUAACAAUACUGUAUUUGUUUUAACCCCACAGUAUUUUGCUCCACUUUUCAAAAAGAUCCAUUUGGCACUUUUAUCUUUUUUUCCUUCCCUACUUCCCUCCCUCCCUUCCUUCCUACCUUUCUUUUCUUUUGUAAGGAAAUCAGACUUUUGUCUCUCCUUUUAGAUGAAAUGACAACUAGUAAGGUCAGACUUGAUAGAUAGUUUAGGUGGAGUAUAUUUUUAAAAUUAAGAACAUGUAUAUUUAAUCCUGUGUUUUUAUGUGGCAGUUGGGGAGGGGGGUCCCUCUGAAAUGAUCAUGAGGUUAAUUUUUCUUCAUUAGGAGAUGUGGAGAGCCAGUAAUUGUGAGAGUAGUUGAUAGUUCCACUCCCAGUCAUUGAAUUGCUUCUGUGUUUCCCUGUAGGUCCAUAGUAACCGUGUGUCAGUCUCACACAUUUGUAAGGACCCUGCAAGACAGCAGCGACGACUAAGGCUUUGGGCUGAUAGCUACUAUAAAGAAAGCCUGUGAAAAAUACCUUCUUUAAACUUUGUUUUUGUUACUGUUUGCUUUUCUUUCCAGUAAGCUCACAUUUCAAUAAGUUUUUAAAUAAAGGAAUUAUUUUUGUGUUUCCAGAACACUAUAAUUUGGGUGAAUCUUAAUUCUUUUAAAUAUUAAUAGGCCUGGAUUUGCUUCAAUGGCCCCAUUAGUCUAUAAAGAGUAAACUGCAACUUUUAUGAUAUGGUCUUUGAUAUAUUAGCAAUAACCUGCCUGUGCUACAUUUGUUUUAAGGGAAGGUUAAAUGUAUACUUCAAGAUUUUUCAGGAUCUAAGAAAUCCUGUGCUGUUGGAUCAGUUAAUAAAACUGAAAAAUCUUUUUGUAAAGAUGUAAAAGCAAAAGUCUGCUGUAUAAUGGAUCUCCUCGUAUUUUUCUUUAAAUUAAAAAGAAAGAAAAGGAUCUGUUCUCCUUGUAAAGCUAAACCAUCAAUUCUCAUGAAGUAAGGCUUCAAAAGAGUUUCAAAAAAUAUAAGGGAAGUGAGAUGCUUUGAAGAAACAAACAAAACAUAGAAACAGGGUCAGUCCAUUUGAAGAAAAUUAUGCAAAACAAUCACCAUUGUUCCCUCCUUUAGUUAAUGUUUGGUACUGAGUCUGUCCACAUGGAAGUACAUGAUAAGGAGUCUAAGAAAGUAUUAAAAUAUAUACUUACAUUAUUGUUUGUUUACACAGUUUUGUUCAAUUAUAGACAUUUGGCCUUUUACUAUGUUAUUUUUAUUUUGUAUGAAUACAUUCUCCUUAUUUAUUUUUGUUACAUUUAUUACGUUAUUUUGUUAUGCAUUUACAACUCCAUUUUUAAAUAAAGUGUUUCUGGAACUUUAUGCAGUGAUAUAGAAUUCAUAUCUUCUACCAUCUGAUAGACAUACGUUCAUCAAUUUAUGAAACAACUGUUUACAAAGAAUUUUCUAGUGCUUCCAAAGGAGCCUUCCAGCGCUAAUGACUAUAUGAUCAUCCAAAGAAAAUAUUCUUAGAGAAUUACAAGAAAUGUAAUACAGUAGCUUAAUACUUGAGCGUAACACACACAAAUGCAUCAUUUGCAGUCAGCCUUGGAUCAUCCAAAAGCUUUAUGACAGUAGAGUAUUGGAGAACAAAGGAGAAAUUUAAAUAUCUUGAACAUCAUUGAGAACUGUCGAUUUAGACUUUUUUCUUCAUUGUCAAUAGAGCUCGAGUCUUGAAUGUCACCCUGUUACUAAUCAACAUGAAUUUCACAGCUUGACUGUGGGCUUUUUGUGUUCUAAUCCUGUUUAUGUUUCUUUGUACCCAAUAUAAUUUCCAAUGGCUCCUACAAGGCUCUGGGCUGUUCUGGGUAUUUGAUCCCUCUGUAUGCUUUUUCUCCCUCCCUUCACUGCUCACCCACAGCUCUCACAUCCUCAGUGCCAACCUGCAUCUUCAUAAAGUUCCCCUCCUUUGAUUCCAUAGCAUACUUUCAUUUGCCCUCCCCAUAUGACACAUGCGUAUGUACUUCUCUUUAAAUCACUCAGAUUGUCUCCUGGGUAGACAUACCCUUUCCAGCUUCUGUACCAUUUAGCUUCCUUCAUGUCCUUGGAUUUGCUUGCCAUGUUUCUGGCAGGAGGAACUCUUGGAGGGAUUUGGAUUUAAUAUUUUGAGAUCCUGGCCUAUCUCUGUAGAUGUGGUCCUCCAACUCUGAUCUGCAAAAUGAGAGCAUCAUUCUUAAACAAGGAUCUUGUAGCUCAAAGGACUAUGAAAUAAGCUCCUUCAAAAACACUAUAGGAUUUCUGUAUAAACUCUUCUCAUUGAAGUCUCCUGCCUGUCAGAUUCAGUUUUGCCCAGACAGAUCUGAUCCAUUCUAUAUAGUUACUGUCUUAACAUACUAAGCAGGAUUCUCAUCACAGGCUCCCAGCAGUGAAAAGAGACUGCCCUUGAUUCUCCAGUGAGAGGGAGACACUGCAGAGUUGAGUUAGGAAGCAGCAUCAGGUGAAAAACAUUUUUCCUCUAGUACCAUGAAUUAUUCAUGGGCUGACCCUUGGUUGAUCUUGAAGGUAGUACAUACUGCUUUGUAUGUGCAAAUUCCCUUCAGUUCAUUUUUAUUCUUAUCUGGCUGUAGGAAUGUUCCAUGCUCUGCCUCACAGCCCUCCUCUUCCUCUUUACUUCCUUCCCUGUGUGCUCUUAAUCCACCUGACUGUGCCACACAGUCCAAUUAGGUCAUAAGAGAGGCUCCCCAGUCCACCUCCAAGAUACUCUGCUGUGAAGUUUAGCUGGACCUGUAGCUUAGUGUAACUUGCAAAUCUCCUAAAAACAAUCCACACCCUGGAUAGAUUUGAGGAACUUUUACGGUAUGUGAAUGUGGGCAUGACCAGUGCAACCGGAAUCCAGCAGUAAUAUCUGAGUCCUGUGGUUCUGGGUUCAAAGCUUUGUUUAAGCUCCCUAAGCUGACUUAAGUCAGUUCUCCUCACUUCCCUCCAAAUGCAAUUUCCUGAACUGUAAAGUCAGCCCCUUGCUGACCCAUGUGUCUAGCCAACUUAACUAAUGGAGCCAUUGCUUAUUGGAAUUUUGCUGGUCUCCAUUGCUCUGGUGUACAGUGCAGCAUAUAGUAAACAUUUUUGUUCAUUGACAUCUUUUCCUUAUUCUCACCACAGCUGGUUAAGCUCUUACAAAGUGAUUUUUAACUAGAUGAGAAUCUUUUAGUUUUGAGGUAUGCACUAUUUCGAUCUAGAUAGAAUUGGCAGGCAUUUAUUACAUAGUUCAACUAUUUCAUAUUUUGAGGUAGCUGAUGUAUAAGUAGAGAAGAGUAUGGGCCUUGUUGGUCAGUGUAUCAAGUGUGUUAGCUGCAUUAUCUCACUUCUCACAACUCUAAAUGAGUUUAUCUUUUAGAAAUUAAAACCUUCAAUCUGAGAAUAAAGAGUUUACUCAGUCCAACUGGGAUUUGAAUCAAGAUCUCCUUGAUUUAGUAGUUCAGAUUAUCCAUAGUCAGCCACUACUAGUUUAGCUUAUACACAGCUGGUAGAGCUUGGGCAAGCCAGUGAUCUCUACCCACCCACCCUUACGUCCGUGACUACAGCCUCAGAAAAGGUCAUCAGAUCUACUUUGGAAAAGCAGAAAACCCUGCUAUUUCUUAUAAUAAACUGAUGGAAGAAUGAACCAAACAUCUUUUGCAGAGCUAGAUGUUGAGUUCAUAAUGUGUAACAGCAGUUUUUAAGAAAGAAAUGGUACCAUGGUUUCAGAAAAUGGUGUAUAAAUUCCUUUUAAAAUGUCUAUCCUGCAAUCUAGUCAUUUACUUUCCAAGAGAAAUUAAAUCUCAUGUCAAUGGAAAAGCAUACACAAUGCCUUUGUAUCUGUAAUAGCCAAAAUCUAGAAAUGUAACCAGUGUUCACCAGCAAAUAAAUAAGCGAUUAUACAUCCAUAAAA